AUGGACUUGGCUUUGUCCUUCAGGGAUUUGACUCCUCUAUCAUUGGGGAAUCAUCCUGUUGACAUGUCAAAAUUUGCGGGAAAAUUUGCAGAUAAAAUUGUGGAGGUGGAUCGUUUGGAUUUGAUUGAUGUGAUUGAGCUACGGUCUUUGAUUGGAGAAGUGAAUUGGUUUGUCGGUGCAACCAAUCGAAGGUAUUCAGAGAAUAUCACUAUGAUAAACUCUAAGUUAGACGCCAUUGCUUUAGCUGUAAGUAUGUUGGAAAGGAGCAUUGAAGGAAACAAUACUGAGAUUGAGAAAGCAACUGGGUACACUACAGUGUAUGACGGAUUGCUGGGGCUUCACCGGGAGUUGGAAUUGUUUAGGUGCAAGGGUGUGGAGAUCAUCAGUAGAUUUAGUGCGAUCCAGAACGCUGGAUUGGAGACUUUGGAGUCGAGAGUCUGUGAGAUGCAGAUUGCUACAAAGGACUUGAAGGAGUCUAGUGACUACAUAAAGAGUUCGCUUGAGCUAUCAAUGGGAACUCUUUGCGAUCACAUUCUGCCUGGACUCAUCAGGAUGAAGGAAGAGUUCUAUGAGGACCCUGGACAAUCGUUGGCUCAACGAGUACAGUCUCUGGAAAAGGUCCCUGCUCCCUUGGCAUUGGGGGGUACCAGUCUCUUUGGGUCAGUAGACACGAGUAAACUAGUAGUGAUUCAAAAUUGUGAAGAACAAAAAGGUAUCCUUGCAAGGAUAGAGGGGCUCGAGAAAGAGAAUGCAUCCCUGAAACAAGAGAUAGCUGAGUUGGAGUCAAGAGUGACAACUCAACAAGAGGGCACGGUACCACUCCCACCAUUGAUCUUGGAUUCCUUGUCGAGUCUUCAGGAGCGAUUGGCCAACUGGGAACUGAAUACUCAGAAGGGUAAAGUCAGUGUGGCAGGUUGUGAGUUUGGCGGAGUCCAGGAUUGCAAGCGUUUCUUGCAUACCAGGAUGGAUUUGGACGGCUCAUCAGUGUGGUUUGUUGGGCAUGAUGUGGUGUCGUUGGUUAACUGUGUGACAAAGGAAGGGAAAGCAUCAGCCAUCGAUGAUGUACUAGCCCGAGAUCAUCACGCAAUCAGAGGGGGCUUUGAUAACAUGCUGAUGGCGUCUGUUUAUGCAUCCAUGCGAAAGGCCAUCCCAAUACCCCUAGCUGGUACCAGCAGCCGUCACUCUUUACCAAGGAUCAGUAGUUUUGAGAAAUGGGACAGGCAGUAUGGCAGACAAGGAAUUCAGUUUGAGAUAUCUCAAGGGGUGGACCAAGAGGUCUCGAAAACUAUUGGUUGGCUGAUCAGACCAAUGAGCCCCCAUCACCAGGAUGCCUUGGCGGUCUUAACCGCCCUCACUAUGGAAGCGAGGAACCAUUGGUUGGCUAUUGCCAACUUCCUCACAAGUCAAAGGACAAUUUGCCUGCGGCAGUGUGAAGAUGCAGAAGAGGCGUGGAGGUUCCCAUGCGAAGUCAUAAAAGCUGUAUUUGUGGAACUGCAUAGGGUUUGGAGUAUGGGUUUGAUGAGACCUAGUUUGAAGAAGUUAUCAAUACAUGAUGCUGCAGAGAUGAUGUGGGGUAUACUACGAUGCCACAAACUCAUGAACGAGUUUGUUAGUCACAAAUUUUUGGGACAUCCGAAACUCUUGAUUUUCUCAUUGAAUCAUUUGUCGCGUCUCAAAGUGAGGCUGAAGGAUCUGCAACCAAUGAAACAACAGGCAGGCCAGCUUCAGUUGGAAAUGGGUGCUAUGCUGGAGGAACUCGACAAGAAGGAGGAUAAACUAGGGGACAAUGAUGUCGUUUGA